UAGGUGGCCGUGUGCUCCGCCUUCUCCCCCCCACCCCUCUUCAGCCCCGCGACCCUCCUCCGGUGGCCAAGCAUGGGCGCGCGCGCGUCCCAGGAGCCCCCGGCCCGGGCCGGGCUGCGGGUGCUGCUGCGGGUUCUGCUGCUGGCGCUGCUGUUGCUGGCGCUGGUGGCCCCUGGAGCGCAGGGGGCUCGUGGUCGCGGGGCUGCGGACAAGAACAGCCACCGGCGCGCGGCCAGCAGCUUCUCCCAGAGCGUGACCAGCCUCUUCGGAGAGGACAACGUGCGCGCGGCUCAGAAGUUACUGUCCAGGCUGACUGAGCGGUUCGUGCAGGGUGUGGACAUGUUCAUAGAGACAUUAUGGAAAGUUUGGAUGGAGCUCUUAGAAGUUCUUGGACUUGAUGUGUCCAACCUGUCACAGUACUUCAGUCCAGCUUCCGUGUCCAACAGUCCCACCCGGGCCCUGGUGCUGGUCGGUGUGGUUCUCCUGGCCUACUGGUUCCUAUCUCUGACCUUGGGCUUCACCUUCAGCCUCCUGCACCUGGUGUUUGGCCGCUUCUUCUGGCUCGUGCGCGUCAUCCUGUUCUCUAUGUCCUGUGUGUAUAUCCUGCAUAAGUACGAGGGCGAGCCUGAGAACGCUGUCCUGCCGCUCUGCCUCGUGGUGGCCAUCUACUUCAUGACGGGGCCCAUGGGCUACUGGCGAGGCAGCCCCGGGGGCCUCGGCAGCCCCAGUGUGGAGGAGAAGCUGGAACACCUGGAGAACCAGGUGAGAUUGCUCAACAUCCGUCUCAACAGGGUGCUGGAGAACCUCGACCGCUCCAAGGACAAGUGAAGGUCAGCUUCCUGUCCCUCCAAGGGUGCCAGUUGGAAAUGUAAGAAGACAACGAAAGGAUAACAGCCGGCAGUCCCACCAAACCCCAACCCUUCCCAAUAAACUGAACAAGAAUGCCACGCCUGGUAUUUCCCACUGUGUGUCCACCGUAGGACCCACUGGAGAAGAACGAACUUGUGCAGAACUUAGAGCGUUGCUAGUGGG